UCUUCUAGAACUAGAAAUGCCUCAAAAUCAUCUGCAACAAGUUUGGGAUGGAGAUCAGCAUUUCCCAAAUUUACAAUUAAUGAAUCUAAGAGGCUCGAAACAUCUCAUUGAUCUUCCAGAUCUCUCUCAUGCCCCCAAUAUCAGAAUGAUAUAUCUUGACGAAUGUGAAAAUUUGGCUCAGAUUCAUUCUUCAAGUAUCCUGAGCAAGCUUUCCCAGUUGUCCAUUCGAGACUGCAAAAAGCUUAGACUCAUUAACAUUGGUGGCAAUAUUAAGGAGACAAGCUCAGGUCUAGUGGCUACCUACAAUUUUCUGGAUCUGAUUAACUUGUCAUUCCAUAAAUUCACUGUGAAGCUCUUCAUCUCUAGCCACGCCAAUACUUUCUCUGGGUUUCGGAUUAAGCUUGUCUCUGUAUCAUUCAGGGAGAUAUCAUCGUGGCCAGAUCAGUGCAUGGACAAUGCAAAGUUGAACUUUUCGUCUUUACUUCCCUUCGUCACUCCAAUUCGUUGGUUAGAUCUUCCCAUUGAGUUUGGCAGUUUCAACAAACACUACGACUAUAUCUCUUCUCAUAAACAGCACACAGUUGAGCAGCCUAAGGAUAUAAACAUGAAUGAUCUGACCGUCGCACCAAGAGACACAUUGGGGCUUGAAGAUCAGAAGAUAAUAACAGAGGAAGUUACAGAUUAUCAUAUUUCUGAUGAUGCAAAAUGGAGGGCGUUGGAGAUUGAAGAGGUGAUAUUAACAGAAGAGGAAUGUUGCAGCCGUACAGGUGAUGGAUUUGCAAGAGUUCCCAAUGGCAUGACACGCUGGUCAUUAUUGACACAAGUGACAUUACAGAAAGAUGAGAUUAUUAGGAGCAACAUUAUUGUUCCUGGCAUUUCGAUCUUGAGAUCACUUGCAGAAUUGGAUUGCAAGAGCAUUCGACCUCUCGUAGAUUUUAGAAUGUCACUGGAUAAUGGAUCAACACUUUGGGGCGGUCAUGAGAUUUCAGCAGCAGCAACCCAAAAAUCUAAUGAGCCUGCUGAUCUUAAUGCCGAUAUUUGGCAACCAUUGGCUGGAGGUUUCUACGCUGAUUUACCAAUUAACUUACAUCGUGACAUAAUUUGGUUCCUUUUCUUGUUCCAACCAAGAAAAGACAUUGAAAUGAAGUUAGAGUUAGGGCCACACCCUGACAAUUUUAGCCCAUAAGGGCUCGGGUCAUUAUGAAGUCCGAUCCAUAUAAAAGAUGGCCACAGAAGUUGCUAUUAUUAUAGUUGCCCUGGCCACACCCUUAAUAUCUACUCCUCUGAUCCUAUUUAGAAGUUAGUAUUUCUAAUUAUUUUUAUCAAAAUAAAUAAAAAUAUUAAAUUUCA